AUGGCCCGCAUCGCACAAUCCCAGCUCGACGAAGUCACUGCUGGAAAUUCUAGCUCCUCAUUAUCUCACGACUCGUCUUCCGAUAAAGAAAACCAGCGACGGAGUUCCCGUAAAAGAUCUAAUGUCCAAAUGCCGUCGCGCAGCCAGCAACUAAAGCGUCCCCGCUUGACUGAUCGUACACCGAAUGGCCAGUCGCAGCCAUCAGCGCAACGGAAAGAAAGGCAGUUCUAUGAUCCAGAUCAGCCUGAGGAACAAAGGCGAGAGGUUCGGAAAACUUACCGGAACCUCGUGACCGAGUUGAACGACUCCCGAAGCGAGUACCUACAACCGGGUAACAAUGGUAUUCUCAAAACCCUCGAAACUGCAAAUGGGCUUUUCGCCAAAGUCAAGCAGACCUCCGAUGCCACGAUCGAUUCGCGUCUCCUUGUCAGUGCUGCCGAUCUAACGCACAAGAAGACUGCCCAACUUGCACUCGGAGACGCUUCGGCAGGUAUCGACGUCGAUGAGUUUGUCUCAAAGUGCAUCUCAUACAUGCGCCGCGGACCCGGUGCGAGUAACGGAAGCACGCAACGUCGCCAGCGACCCCCCCAAACGCAGGAAGAUCCAAAUGACAGCGAUGAGGGAGACGCGGGCGAUGCGAUGAACUGGGACUGGCUUGGUCGCAUGGCUUGUUCUCAUAACAACUCGCGACCGGCAGUUUCAGGUUUCCUGUUGGGUCCUUUGUCGAUCCAGAGGCGCACCCGUCAACUGACGCAGCGAGCUGGGCGUGAACGCUUCGAUGCCACUCAGGUGGUUCAACCCCAGGAGCUUGGACAGGAAGAUCUGGGUCAGCAGGAUGACUCGAAUUUGACGUUAAUGUGCGAGAGAAUCAACGAGCUCCUCAACAGGACCAUCGAGGAGGCCGAGGACACUGUCAAUCGUAUCCUGAACGCAGAGGAGGAUGUCACUGAAGAGCGAGUCCAGGAAGUGAUGCACGAGUAUCACACGUCUUCCACCGGAGGCAUCUGUCUUUUUCACUUUUGUAUUAAUCCCCAGUCGUUUGGCCAGAGCAUAGAGAAUCUCUUCUAUGUCAGUUUUCUGGUCCGAGACGGCCAUGCCGGUCUCAUCAUGUCUGGCUUUGGAACCCCAGCUCUGCGUAAGUGUACCACGAUUCCUCAGUUGCUCAUGGCUACUGGCUCAAUUUUCGCUAACGCGCCAACCCCGUUGUCUCUAGAACAUACGGCCCCUUAUCCUCCCCAUGAGGCUCAGGCUAAAGGAAUUCAAAAACACCAGGCAAUUUUCAGCCUAGAUUUUGAGACCUGGGCUGAAAUUGUGCGCGAAUUUGGAAUCCAAAAAAGCAUUAUUCCUCACCGAGAGGAGGCCCAUGAAGGUAGCCGCCAAACCUGGUACGGGUAG